AGCUGGCACGCGUCGGUCAAAUUUCUCCUCCGCUUCUCCAGUCUGUCCUUCGACGUAGUCGCCUCUUCCUUUCUUAUUCUUUCAUUUUUUUUUCUCAUUCCUCGCCACCGCCACCACCAGGGCCUCCGCCUCCUCCUCCUCGUCCUCCUCCUCCUCAUCGCAUUCGCCAUUGAUGAGGAAGUGAGAUAGAGAGAAGAAGCGUUCGACCUCGUCGGCGGACUCUCCAGGGGAUACGAUUCUGCGUUCUCUCCUUCGCUUUGAACGCUGCGUUCGCCUCUCGGCUGGAUCUGGCUCGCCCAGAUCCUUGCUUCCUAGGGAUAACUAUUAGAAUUUCAGAACAUCACUUGCACAAAGUGCUUCCCAGAAGGUCAUCCUAGUGAGGAUCAUGAAGAAAGCUUUUGAUCAAACUGUUCGUGACUUGAAAAGAGAGGUGAACAAGAAAGUUCGAAAGGUUCCAGGUAUAGAGCAGAAGGUUCUUGAUGCAACGAGUAAUGAAUCCUGGGGACCACAUGGAUCUCUUCUUGCUGAUAUUGCUCAGGCAACCAGAAACUACCAUGAAUACCAAAGGAUUAUGAAUGUGAUAUGGAAGAGGAUCAAUGAUACCGGAAAAAACUGGCGUCAUGUUUACAAGGCAUUGAUGGUUCUGGAGUACCUAGUAGCAAAUGGAUCAGAACACGUGAUUGACAAUAUUAAGGAGCAUUCAUAUCACAUAUCAGCUUUAUCGAAUUUCCAAUAUAUUGACUCAAGCGGACGAGAUCAGGGAAGCAAUAUCAGAAGGAAAUCACAAAUUCUUGUAGCUCUAGUCAAUGACAGGGAAAAAAUCCAGGAAUUUAGGCAAAAGAAUUCUGCAAAUCGGGACAUGCACCGAGGUUCAGCUGGUAGGCCUGGAAGAUACAGUGACAAUAAUGAUGAUUACUAUGAGAAUCGCUAUGCUAGUAGAGAUGAAGAUCCAUAUGGUAACAGAAACAAAAGAGAAGUUGGACACAGAGACAGAGGUGAUGAUAGAGGUAAUGGAGCUGGGGUCCAAUAUGGUCGAGAAGGAGAGAGAAAUAGUGGGUACGCUGAUGAACAUGAUAACGAUAAUGCUGAGCGAUAUUCAUCUGGUGGUGGUGGUGGUGGUGGUGGAGCCGAUAAUUAUCCUCGGGAACAAGGGCAGUUGGGCCAAAGGCUUUCUGAUGCGAGUGUUGGUGCACCACCAAGCUAUGAAGAAGCCACAAGAGAUGUUGAAAUCUAUGUGCAUGAUGACAGAAAUGGAGAUGAUCUUGUAACAGCUGCUCCAAAGGUUUCUUCACCUUCUGCACCUAAAUCAAACUCCCUGUCAGAAAGUACAGACCAAGUAUCGGUACCUUUUGCUACAAUAGAUAGAUUUCCUGCAAGCACGAACCAAGGUUUAGACCAUCCUCCAGAUGAUGUAUUUUUUUCAACAAACCAAGAUGAGAACAAUGGUUUUGAUGAGUUUGAUCCUCGUGAUUCGUCAGUAUCAGCUGAUCCACCUGUUGCUGAUAGUCUGGAGAUGGGCAUUUUUGGACCUUCCUCUGCAUCAGAUAUUUAUUCACUAGCUUUGACUUCAUCAAGUGCUACUCACAAUGGUGCUGAAGUUGAUUGUCCUGCAAAUUCAGGUGUUGGGCCUGAUUUUGGAAUGAUGUCAUCAGCAGCUGAUGUGUUUGCUCAGCCUGGUUCUAAUCCUUUCGAGGAUCCUCCCUUUGUAGCUUCCCAACAUUCUUUCGACCCAGAACAGAACACUGCAACAGGCACACACUUCCACUCUUCCAGUUCCACUGGGGGCUCUGAAUAUCCUCUCCCUUUAGUUCCCAAAACUGAAACCACAGGCUUUGACUUUGAUCUGUCCUUUGGCAUUUCUUACAAUCCUGUAUUAGAUGGUCAACAAAGUUCCCACACAAAUGCUGGAAUCUUGAUCCCUUCUGUAACACAACUGAACCAUGAUAUUUCAGCUACGCUGACAGGCAAGGAUGCUGCUCUUUCUAUUCAUGAAUCUCGAUCUGUGGCACCAACAAAUGUACAAGGAAAUUUUCAACAUCAGUCUGGAAACUCCUUUGGCUUUUCUUACAAUCCUGCAUUGGAUGGUCAACUGGGUUCUUUUGCUAGCCCAGCAAAUUUCACUCCAGAAGCUCCUGUCAGCCAACAAAGCAAUGAUUUUUCAGCUAUGCUGACAGGCUUGCAGGCCUCUGUUCCUACCCAGGGAUUUCAACCUGUACCGCUAACGCAUGUACAAGUAAAUCCUCAACCUCAGUCAGGUACACCAGCUCCAUCUGCAUCACAAGCAACCCAAUAUCCCACAUUCAAUGCUCACCCUGGUACUCCAUCAAAUAACCACAUUGCUCAGAUGGAUAACCUUUCACAACUUGGCCUACAGAUUACGCCUGCUGUAACACCACAUCUACAACAAAAUUCAGAUUCUCAACCUCAGUCAGCUCCGUUUGCCUCACAGUUGACUCCAUCUACCACACUGGAUGCUCAUACUAUUACUCCAGUAAACAAUCAGACUACCCAGAUGGAAACCUUUUCACAGUAUGGCCAACAGAUUCCACCAGCUGCACCAACAUAUGGGACAGAAAAUCUAAAUCCUCGACCUCAGUCAGUGCCAGCUCCAUUUGCAUUACAAUCAACCCCAUUUACCACAUUGGAACCUCACCUUAUAACUCCAGUAAACAAUCAAUCUACCCAAUUGAAUAUAUUUUCACAAUGUCCACCCACAGCCCCAACAAAUGCACAGGGAAAUCUAAUGUCUCACUCAAGCAUACCCUCUCAGUUUGCGUCACAGACAACUACUCCAGUAAAUAACCUGACCAAUCAACAGAAUACAUUUUUGCAGCCUGGCCAACAGACACAACCAACCAUGGAUCUUGCCCUUGCACUGGUUGUACCCCCUGUAAAAGAUGCUCCAUCCAAGGAGAAAUUUGAGGCCAAAUCGAGAGUCUGGGCUGACACACUGAGUCGCGGUUUAGUUAAUCUGGACAUAUCUGGACCUAAAACUAAUCCUCAUGCGGACAUUGGUAUUGACUUCGACUCUAUGAAUCGGAAAGAGAAACGAGAAGAGAAGAAGCUUACUGCAGCACCAGUAUCUACCAUUACCAUGGGAAAGGCAAUGGGCACUGGCUCUGGCAUUGGCCGUGCCGGUGCUGGUGUCAUGUCGGGCCCUCCAAAUAUCAUGAUGGGCAUGGGCAUGAUGGGUGGUGCUGGCGUGGGAAUUGGCCCAAUGGGUGGUGGUCCUGGCAUGGGAAUUGGCCCGAUGGGUGGUGGUCUUGGCAUGGGAAUCAGUCCAAUGGGUGGUGGUGCCGGCAUGGGAAUGCGAAUGGGAAUGGGUGGAUAUGGAGGCAACAUGGGUCAACCUAUGGGCAUGGGAAUGAACCCUGGAAUGAAUCAAGGUAUGCCCGCACGACCACCACUGAUGGGAACCCUUCCUCCAGGUCAAGGUGGUACCCCUGGGUUUGGCUACAACCCGAUAAAUGGCGGCAUGGGCAACUAUGGUUCUCAGCAACCAUACGGGGGUGCAUACAGAUGAGUAUAUCAUAUUUCAAAUCUGCUUCUAUGUGACAAUGGUUGUGUUCUUGCCAACAUUUCUAUAACGAUCUUCCUUUAGGAGUGUUGGUUCUCCCUAUAGCUAUCCGGUGAUAAAUUGGGUUGUUACAUCAAUUUGUAGGUGUAUUUGUUUCCCAUUUUGUCCAAAGAUUUGUUUCAGCAUUCAUGCUGAAAUAGAAAGAAAAAUAAACAAAGAUUCAUAUACUUUCUCAUCUCCAAAAGUUUUUUUUGUAUAACCAUACUGAUUUCAUACUCUUGAAUUUGGUGUCCGAGAAUUUA